CUGUGCUGUGGCUGCGGUGAGCGUCGCUGGCGUCGUCCGCCGUUGCGCGCACGCGCUCGCCAGAUCGCUCCGUCACGUUGGCCCCCGGCGGUCGCCUUCUCCGCCAGUCUUGUCCGUUCCGCCAGCCGCCGCCACCGGUCGCCCAUGCGCCGUUCCGGUCCCCCCGGAAAACACUGGAACUGGUGUCAGCAAUGACGGCUAGAAGACGCGGUCCUGGUCGCGGCAUGUAAGGUCCUGUGCUUCGCUCCACCUCGGCUGCUGAGAAGGCACUUGAGCUCGCCUGCCCGAAGAGUCCCCUGGUCCACGAAUCACUGCCCGCACGGUGCUGGCGAACACACAACCCUGGCCGGCGUCCUCGCCGGCGUGCUCCGAAAGCAGAGUGGCCGCGCGAGAGUCGUGCUGUCCUGCACUCCCUUCUCGGUGCGUUUGGUGCACGGACGUGUCGUCUCUUCUGCAGACAUCGGCGGAGACGUGCCCGCUUUGCCGGCCUGCGAAUUAUCCUGUCCGUCCCGAGGUGCCCGCGUCACUGGCGAGUGCGCAGGGAACCUCUGCCAAGCCCGGCGAAAACAGCCGUCCGGGUGCUGGCGAAAGCGCAGAUCCGUCAUCGCAUGAUCCCGACCGGGUGCCACAUCACGUGCUGUCAUCUCCGACCCAAGAACGAAGAGUUGCGACCUUGAAGUGCGAUGACACCGACGUAUCCCGAACCUGCUCCGAGGGCCAAGACAGCUCUGCAACCUUACUCCAGUCCGCUAGGUCGGCUGCGACUGCAUCCCGUUUUAGUGAUAGCGACUGCCUGGACUCUGUCAACGCUCGCCAAAACGGCGGCAAACUUGGGCCCAUCUGUAACACGUCCCCUGACACCACAGAAACGCUCGAUCUGGCGAUGGUGCCCUCCGGCCAGCCGUCGCAGGUCAUCGUCCUGCAGGAAUGGGAUGGACCUCAUACCGUAGCAUACCCUCAUACGUCCGAAUCAUCGCAUCAGGUUAACAAAGACUCGCAUGGUCAUCAUAAAGGAGACGUCCAACAGACUAAAGCUCUGCCCAAAACUGCAGAGCAUCAGACCGAUCUCGGAACAGACGAAAACUCCGUGAGGUUGUCCUGCAAUGGGGCCGACCCGCUGCCGGCCAAGAUCGUACGCGGCCCCGAGAGCGUGGUGGCGGUCAUCGGCGGCCACGUUCACCUCGGCGUCCUCUUCGUCGGCACUCCGGCCCCGCGAGUCACCUGGACCAAAGGCGGCAAACCCGUGCUGCCAGCCGGGGACCGCGUGAACGUCUCCAGCGAACGACACUGCUGCUCUGAGCUGCGCAUCCGGGACGCUUGCUGCGACGACAGCGGCAAGUACCAGGUGGUCGUCGAGAACGGUAUCGGGAGCGACUCGGGCUUCGCCUCCGUCAAGGUGGAAGGUCCCCCCGAUCCACCGGCCGAGGCCCCUCGAGCGGUCGCCCUUCCGGGCGGCGCCAUCCAGGUGACCUGGUCGUGCUCGCCGUUCGACGGCGGCUGUCGCAUCCAGCGCUACCUGGUGGACGCGUCUCCGGCGUCGGCGCAGCCCCGCGCCUGGAGCCGCGUCGCCGCGGUGCUCAGCACCUGCUGCCGGCUCGCAGAUCUGCCGCCGGCGACCGCGUACGUGUUCGUCGUGCGCGCGCAGAACGGGCGCGGACUGAGCAUGGCGAGCGCGGAGUCGCCGCCCGCCGCGCCGCUGCCGCCCGACGGCGGGCCGUCCACCACCGCAGGAGGCGGCGACGACCAAGAGCUGGACGACGACGAGAUCACGGAGCCACCAGGCCUUCCUGUUACGAUGCGGCCAGGAGAGGAGUUCAGCCAAAACUACCACGUGCACGAAUCGGUGGGCAGGGGUCGCUUCGGCGUGGUGCACCGGUGCACGCGACUCGCGGACGGCACCGCCGCGGCGGCCAAGCUGGUUCGCUGCACGCGCGCCGCCGAGCGCGACAGGAUGCGUCACGAGCUGGCCAUCUUGAACCUGCUCCGGGGACACCCGCGGCUCCUGCGGCUGCUGGACGCCUACGAAAAGCCACGGGAGGUCAUCCUCGUCACCGAAUACGUGUCCGGUGGAGAGCUCUUCGAACGGGUUAUAGCCGACGACUUCGUGCUCACGGAGUGGGACUGCGUCCUGUUCCUGAGGCAGAUCUGCGCAGGCAUGGCCUACAUGCACAGCAGACACGUCAUCCACCUCGACCUUAAGCCCGAGAACAUCCUCUGCCAGAGCCAGGUCGGACACAAGAUCAAGCUGAUCGACUUCGGCCUGGCGCAGCUCUAUGAGCCAAACUCUAGCCUCCGCGUGAUGUUUGGCACGCCAGAGUUUGUGGCCCCCGAGGUCGUCAGCUACGAGCCGGUCAGCCCUGCCACCGACAUGUGGAGCGUCGGCGUCAUCUGCUACGUCCUACUUUCCGGGUUGUCACCGUUCAUGGGCGACUCGGAUACGGAUACCUUCAACAACAUCGUCAGGGUGGACUUCGACUUCGACGACCCGGUCUUUGAGACCAUCUCCGCCGUGGCCAAGGAUUUCAUGUGCCAACUCAUCCUAAAGAACCCCAGAAAACGGAUGUCUGCGGAACAGUGUCUGGAGCACGAGUGGCUGUGUGUAGUGCCCAAGCGCGGCGCCAGCUCGUUGCCGCUGCCCACGGACAAGCUCAAGAAGUUCGUCGUCCGCAGGAAGUGGCUGAAGAGCGGCAACGCACUGAAGGCGCUGAGCCGCAUGACGAACAUGAGCGGCCAGCGACCGGCAACUCAAGGUGACGAGGCAUCCGUCCUGCUCGCCUGUGAGGAAGACGCGCCGGUCUCGCCGCCGCCUUCUUCCGACACGUCACCCGCCACUGUAGAAGAGGAAGACUCCAGUGCUGGCGAUAACUGAGCGCCCACCACUACGUCGCACAGGGCUUUAAAACAAAGCCCUUUCUGAAGAACCUUCGCGCGCACCAAAAAAACUGUGUCCCGCAAUUGUUUGCCCUCCUUUUGUCAUUGCCUCUGUAACGGUGAAUCACACUCAAUGCAUAACACUGUCUUUAAGUACUGUCUAAGUGUGUCAUGUUGCAUGCGCCUAUAAAUCUUGUUGUCGUUUGCUCACCUUUCCCUACUUACCGCGUGAGAAUAACUUCGUCUCCUGUGAUUAUGCUCGGGCCGGGAAAAUGAACAGUUCCUCAGGGGUUGACCAAAUUUUAUUCGUACGUAUGCAGAAAGCCGAUGAGAUUUCGCAGGAAGUACGUUUUAUUUUUGUCUGAAUGUUUUUUUCUCUUGUUAUAUUUAUGGCUGUAAGCUUAUUGAAGAGUAAAUAAAUUCUUCAGAUAGGUGUUUGCAUUGAAUCUCCCCCCCCCCCCCCCGCAAGAAAAAAGCAUACAGUAAACAAUUCCCCGUUUAAUUGGGUUGCUAUUAUUGCUGUGCUGCAAUAAUCAGAGUCAGGAAUGCACAAUACUUUUUUGUUAAAGUAGCCUGAUUACACGGUAUCAUGAACGUCUGCUCCUCCUUAAUAAACGCACUCCGUUUCUAGAUCAUGAGCGCACUUUGCGCAGGUGAGUUGCAUCUAUAUAAUAUACGCGGGUGACUGUACAGUUCUCGCGCAUUUGUUCCUAUCUCCGUACCCUUCCGCCGCACGAUGGAUUAUGAGAUGAAACCCAGUUAUCAUUGAAGCUGUCUUUUUGUGGCGCAUCCCUGCAUAGGUAAUGGAGUACGUAUGAUCGGCAAGUAUAGUGUAGUGUUUUCUUUUUCUCUUUAUUGUGUGUGGGAGGGGAGAGGGCAUUCUGGUUGAGAACAAAUCUGUUUUAAUGAGAAUAGCAUUGCUAGCAUUGCCAGACCAGUUUUCUUUCCGGGUUACGUGGGCCACUGGCUAUGUGCCGCUCUUCAAUGAACGCCUUUGACGCCAAGUUGUGUCACUGUUGCUUUGUGUGUGCCUGCUGUACCUGCGAGAAAGACAAUCAAAUGGAGGGAUAUUUGGAAAAGCAUCGAUAACCGGCCACUUUCUGAAAGCCUUCUUUUAGAUCUAUGGUCAAAAUACUCCUUGUGUCAGGCUAUGAAGGCCCUUGUCGGUUUUUUUAGAGGCACUGAACUGGAUAUACGAUUGUAAUAAUUGUUUCCGAUGAAUUUUUUAUUCAUGCUCUUUCUUUUCAUAUCACCAUCUUUGCUUUCUGCCUUCAAUUUGUGUUCCACUUUUCCCUUCCCCAGCGCUGAGUACCAGGCUAGAACAUGGUAGUUCAGGCCGACCUCUCAGUUUUUCUUUCAUAAUAAAUCUCUUGCUCUCUCUCCCAAUAAACCUCUUUGACGCCAA